CAUUGACAGGAAGACGUACGCUGCGAAGAUAUUUUCAAACAGAAGACAUGAAGCGCAUAAUCAUAACUACAGGUAAACCUCUCAAAAGCAAGAACGAAAAAGCAAUUAAGAGAAAUCAGAAGCAGGAAAAGCAAGAGGAAACAAAAAAUGCCCUGUCGCGCCUGAAGGCCACGCUGAACAAGUUGGGGUCAAAGGUCAAAGCCAGGUCGCGGCCGCAGGUCAUAGAGGAGACGAUGAGCCUGAUCCGAGACCUGGAGGACAAGGUGUCCAUGCUGCUGGCCGGGAUACGCACCGAGCGAGGGUCGUCGAUAAGCAACUCGUCUAUGUACACUUUGAGUUACACCAAAGCCAUGUUCAGCCGCUAUCUUUGGGAGGCGCGGAACAAGGCCAGGAUGAAUAGACAGGCGGACGACAACUUAAGCGACCUUUUGGAGAAAAACAUGGAGGAAUCCACCAGGAAGUUCUUUUCUGCACUCGUAGCUGAGUCGUCAGCUGAUCGCCCUGCAGGAGACACACAGAAGGAAGACUGGCGUCCUGAGAAGACGCUGGUGGGGUCUCCGUCUCCCUCGACAACACGAUCUCCUGGCGACGGCGCCGCCCUCGCCACCCCGCGGACCUCCUGCCACUCCAGGGAAGGACUUGUCACGCCGCAGCAGGAGAAUGAGGAGGAUCAGCACGUGGUCACGCUCGGACUUGCUAGGCGUAAGAGAGGAAGAUCUGUGUCAACAACGCCUGUUACUACUCCAGUUUCAAUAGAUACUCAGACUCCUAGUGUUUCAUCAGCAGGUGUCAGGAAGCCACGUUCGUCCACUUGCAAAAAGAGUCUCACUUUUACAUGUGAUUCAUGGCAGCCUCACAGGGAUAAGCCUGUUAACAGAGGUUCUCCUGAGGUGGAUAUUCUGUCAAGCCCAGAUGCCCCAGCUGUCCGUCGUCGCAGCCUGAGGGAGCUCCCAAGGACAGCCUCGGCAGACCCUGGGGGUUCGCUGCCACCGACCAAAAGACUCCGACUUAGGCCGGAUUUCGACCCCGACAUCAUUCAGGAGCUCCUUCCUCUUCCGACGCACUGUUCGACCCGCCUGUUGAUGACUCCGCUGAUUGCGCUGAAGAGUUCGUCUGCAUCUCCGGACGAGGCAGUCUCCGCGAAUCAGAGCCAGGCUUGUGUCGCGGUCACAGCGAAAGCAGAGAAGUCGCCCCGUCACGAGGCUUCUCCACAGAAUCCAAGGAGUUUUCGAGACAAAGUUGAAGGCAAGGCUCUUGCGCCGUCAUCUGACUCGGUCCGCCAUGAAGCACAGGUGGCAUGCAAGUCAAGUCCUUUCUUGAAUGACAUUAAUAUUCAGGCGAGGAGGGAUGGCCGCCGAAGUGGAGAGGCAGACGCUAACAAAUCAGCAAAAGAAAGUGAGCGCAUCUUGACUCGAGACUCGUCGAGAACUGGAUCCCAUGACAGCCAUAUACAGAUACCGAAGAACGGGACUGAAAGCGUUGAUUUUCAGCAACAAUGCAGAUUCAUGAUCGAUCAGCUUGGACCCUUCAGCUGUAUAAAAAAGAAUCCCAGCUCUCAAAUUUAUAAUACACGUGAAUCUCCAGGUGAGACUCAACAUAAUGCAGGAUCGAUUGUUGUCUCUUCCAUUACUUUCCAAGAUGAACUGUUAGGCAUGUCAGGUGCUGGUGAAGCCCCAUUGCAGUCCAACAAGAAAGCAAAUCUUUGGUCUUACCAAUUGCUUGGACCAUUAGAUAGCAACAGGAAACAUUCACCAAAUACUUCCACUCCUUUGCCAUCAUCAUGGUAUCAGGAUGUACAAGCAGCAGGCCCAUCAAAGUCGCAGGCUGUCACGCCAAAAGAUAAACUAAUUCGGGCUUGUUCUCGAGAACCUAGAUCGACGAUCAGCCAGGCGGUUACACCGGAAGGAAAACUUGCUGAAGUCUCGCCAGUGCGUAACUCGCCUGGCUGCCUUGGAUAUAUACGAAAGCAAAAAAUGGUGACUCCUGCGGUGCCUGGGCCAUCGGGGUGCCAAGUUGGUACUCCGAAAGGAAUACUGGCUCAGAUUAAGUCUCCUGUGCCUAGCUCAAGCUAUCAAGAUGUCACACCAAAAAGACUGUCGACUCGAACUUCGUCUUCUGAACCCGGACCUCAAGAAAUCCACUUGUCUGUGAAGCAGAAGAAGGGUCAGGCCAAAAAAUCUCCCCGCUUCGUGGCUCGGAUUACAAAGCUGUCACUCCUGAUGCUAAUUUCGUCAUGGUGCACAUCCAAGCACCACGGAAGUUAAGCAUCCGGGUGUCCCGAAGACGAACUCCAACGUGCAAGCGCAGUUUAGCCAGGGAGUUUGCUGAAAUGGACAAGGGUAAUUAUUUUCUAACUCCUCCGCGAUCCCCUGUGAGGCCAGACUAUUUCCUUCCCGAAAUGGAUAGUGACAGCGAUGAGUGAAUCAUCUAAUCCCGAAAGCAGAAUUCGUCUGGCUUCUGAAAUAAGUUGUCAGAUCGCUUGACAUAGUUUUUGUUAUUUAGUGGUAGUUAAGAUUAGGAGAUGCUGUAUAUGACGCACAAAUUUAUGCUUGUUUGGUAGCGAGUUUGAUUUUCGUUUAAGUAUCGGCUUUUUAUGUUUCGUUUCUGAAAUGAAUCAGUUAAGGAACUGAAUUAUAGAUGGUUCCUGUUUGAAUCCCCCAGUCUUCUCAAAUUAUUUUUCUUCAUUUGUGUGAAAAUUAUCAUCUAUUUGUUAGGAAAGAUUCACUCUUAUUAAGGUUAGACUAAUUUAUUAAAAGAGGAAAAUAUUCAUAGUGAUGAACGCAUUUAGAAAAAGGCUGCUUGAUACUAUUUUUUUUCCUUAAAUGUACUUGGUUGUUAAACAAAGUGCAAAAAUGAGGGUAAUUCAUAUCUAAUAUAUUCUUUGUACUGUAGACAAGUUGACAGCAUUCAGCAAUAUAAUUUAUUCGUCUGUUUUCCUCUUGUGACCCAGAUUUUCCGUAUAAUAGACUAAGGAAGUCGAACUCAUUUCAAAGAAACAAAGUAAAUUAUUAUUGCUGGCUCAAAAAUAUGAUUUUUAUGGGUUAGGUUUACAUUUUUCCAUUAGCAAGUAGAAUUUUCAUUACUUUCCGAAUUUAUUAUAAUUCGUUUACUUUGAAAUCAAUAUAAUUAAAAGAAAAUAGGACGAUUUGGUUAAUGACAUUUAUAUAUGGACUUACACUAUUCCAAACAAUAUUUCUAUUGGUUGUGUUCCAUAGACAUUAUAGCAAUAACCAUUUGAUUGUUUACGAUGCCCUGUAGUUAGCAAAAUGUGAAAUUCUGUAAGGCUUUCAAUUACUAUAAUUGGUAUGCUUCAAUCAUGCACCUAAUUGAACAUGAUCAUUCAGUACUUUACAUUUUCAUUUUGACUAUUUGCAAGAAAUUUAUUAAAUAUUUAUUGACACUAGAUAACUUUUCUGAAGUGUAAAAGGAUAUAUAUUAAAGGAAGUGAAAAUUCAACAUUUCUUUUUUCCCAUCCUUCAGGCAAUAUUGUGAAAUCUGGUAAUACUGUAAAAAGGAAUGAAGUAUGAAAAAAAUAUUAGGGAAAUAAAGGUAUUCUGUCAUUUACUGUGUUUAAUGUAUUUUAUACAAUGAAGAGUUACUAUAUACAUCAGCCAUUUUCCAAAACAUUCAUAAAUAGUUGGGAUAAAAAAUAAAGAUCAAUUUCAAAAUUUUCCUACCAGUCGGACAUACAUGAAAAAAACACAGUAUUUGUUACUAAAACCUUUAUGGAUUAUGCUACAGCCCAAGUAGUGAUGGUUUUACCACACCGUAGCACAUUCCAACAAAGGCAACAAACAACACCAGCAGCACACAGGCCAAGGUGCAACUUUGCUGUGUUAACAUUAUUAAAGAAAUAUACCACUGCCACCUAAGCCUCAG